UCAUUGUGCGCCUUAACGCGCGCUUUUUCUGCGCACAGCACCUUUUAUGUGUCCAAGCUAGAUGCUAAAGUAGCCUUUGCGUUUGGCCUCUUUCUGCUGCUUCACAAUAGACGGUGUACUUUGCUGCUGUUAAGGGCUGAAAAACGCUGUCUCUUCCACCCGGACGGGAAGUAUCGACGACUUGAGACAACGUGUUGCUAAUCUCCGAACAGUGCCAUGGGCAAAAAGUCUCGCGACGAAGAAUCCUCAUCCUCUGACGAGGAAGAAUAUGUUGUGGAGAAGGUGCUGGACAGGAGGGUGGUGAAAGGCAGGGUGGAGUUCUACCUGAAAUGGAAAGGAUACUCGGACAAGCACAACACAUGGGAGCCGGAGAAAAAUCUGGACUGUCCUGAGCUAAUAUCAGAGUUCAUGAAGACCUACAAGAAAGGCAGCACUGGUAGUGCUACACCAAGUAGCGGGGCCAGCAAAUCCACCACUGGCCCCUCGGGGCGCUCCAAAGAAUCCGGCAGCUCCAAGAAGAGGAGCUCUGAUGAUGAUGAGGAGGGUAGUAGCAAGCCCAAGAAAAAGAAAGAGGAUGAAAUCCUUGUUGCACGUGGCUUUGAGAGGGGGCUUGAGCCAGAGAAGAUCAUAGGAGCGACUGACUCAUGUGGAGACUUAAUGUUUCUCAUGAAAUGGAAAGAUUCUGAUGAGGCUGAUCUCGUGCUCGCCAAGGAGGCCAAUCAUAAGUGCCCACAGAUAGUCAUAGCCUUUUACGAGGAGCGUCUGACCUGGCAUGAAGACAGCGACAAGAAGGAGAAGGAUGCCGUCAGCGCGUGAGUUUUCAAGAGGAAAAGCUCCACUGCAGGGACAACCUUGAGUCAGACAUUUUUUUUCCCACACCUGAAACCUCCCUCAUCUUUCACCUGUACCAUGUCCAGUGAUGACACAAAGACAGCAGACACGGUUGUUUCCUCCAUCCAUGUCCCCAUCGGAGCACAAUGGGCCCCAGACUGCUGAGGGGGUAGGGGGCUCCUACUAAAAAGAAGCUGUAGUGGUUGUGGGUGAUUUGCUAAUGGGGAAAGAUUCUACUGUUCUUGUCUUUGUCUUGAUGAACGUUUUUUAUUAUCUUAGCAUAUGUUUUUAGAACAAAAAGGAUGAGAUUAUAGCAGUGAGGAAUAUGUAACUGUAACUUUAAGAGACUGAAUCCUUUAAAAAAAAAAUUGUCAUUGGAGAUAUGGAGCAAACUGUAUUACCUGUUGACUACCAUUCUAAACAUUAAUUGUUACUGGUCAAUGUCCCCCGUACUAAAUCCACCUUAGCUUUUAUAUUUGUGACGCUGCCACCGGAGUGUUUUCUUGACUGCAUAAUUUCUUCCUUUUUGAGAGCUGUUUUUAAUCAUGUAGUUUUUGAGAGUUUUCUUUUUUGUUAUUCUUGUCAUGUCUACCAAAAUACAGCUUCUAAGUCUGAAGAAACGUUUUUUUCUGCAUAGUGACUUUAUUUUUUUCCUUCUUAUGUUUCCAGUUAUUCUCAUGUGAUUUUUAAUUUUGUUACACUAUUAUCUGAUAAAGUACAAUAAAAUGUUUUACUCACUUUUGAUUUAUUUUCUUUUUUUUUCUCCAGCUGAAGUCUCAAGUUAAGAAAAUAUUUAAUGGUUGGACAAUCUUGACCAUAUUCAAGAAUUGAAAUGGUUCAGACAUUAUUGGAGUUUGCCACCUAGUGGCAGCUAAAUGUAAACUACUUUGAGAUCAAUGUUGGGGUCACUGAAUGUUUUGUUUUUAUGGCGACUCAUUACUAAUUGGAGAAGACAUGGAGGUUGGUUGAAGUAUGUCUUUAAUGGUAAUGGCAUAUAUAUGGGCAAGUCGGAUGUUUUUGUAUUAGGCGUUGACGAUUUUUAUCUAAUGGGUGCUAAAAACCAGCAGUUUGAUUUUUAAAAAUUUAUGCUGUUUGGUUUUCUGUUAAAAGUUUGCUCUGUUCUCCAGCAUGGAAAGUUUGGACCAAAUGUUUAG